AUGUCCUUACUUCAGCACACUGGUCCAUCAACGUGUUAUACCGAACUAGCAGAGUUACCCCUUCCUGUGUCUGCUCAUUUCGUUGGCGGUGAUGUUGCACGCGUCACUUAUUCUGUUCGCGAUCACGAGCGUAACAUCAUACGAUCCCUCACCAAGACUUUACCCGGGGGCACUUCUGACCAUCAGAUAACCUCCCACGAUUCCCCUGAAAAUAAGGCGUUUACAACGUCUCCUUCCAAGUCUCGUCAGGCAAUCCUCCGAGAGGUUUCGAAUGGCACAAGUACGAAACGAUCCGUCGAAAUUUGGGCCGGCACCCAGAUAGAGGCUUCCUUAGAUGUCACCAAGUACCACGAUGCUUUCCAUAUAGAUGCAAACGUCAACAGCGAUGACGAUCCUUCAGAUGAUCCUUACCCCAAAUUCAGAUACACCCCACACUUUGGCGAACGAUCUCGCACCAAGAAAAGAUCCACCAUUUUUCUAUUUUGCUGGACAAGGUCCACAGCUUUCACCAAGGCUGCUAAGCAAAACAUGUUGCUCUUUGCCCUUUCAUUGGCACAACCUACCCAAGUACCCGUCCUAUUCGGCCAAGCUACUUUUGCGACGGAAGAUGUCAUCUACGCCAGUGGACACGAACACACAAAAGACGGCCGACUACUGGGGGUCAAGUGGUGUUUCAAUCGUCCUAUGGGCAUAUGGGAGAUUAAACUUCCCAAGUCAGCAACCGUGCAAGGGACACCUUUUGGCACUAAAAUCUCUUGCAAUUCAUUGAAGCUGACUCCACCAGAACGGUCUUGCCGUUCACCUCGUGUGUUAUACGAUGACAAUCAGACGCCCAUUAAACUCUUCUGGUUCUCAAAUCCCGUCGGCGGUCCUCAUGCAUCUUGUGUUUCUCUGGAAUCUCGCGACUUAACCACAGGUACCAACAAGGUCCUCGUGGACACCGUGAUGGAGCCUACCCCCGAAAAUGAAUUUCCAGGUCUAUAUCCCGAGUAUAACAUGUCCUCCAGCCCGUUUUUGCAUCGUGGAGACCGUAUCUACAUCGUGCUCCAAUCCUUAUGGCGCUCUCGUGCGACCAUCCUCUUCAUUAAUACAGAAUCAGGAGCAAUUUCAGACGAGACAAAAAUACACGACGAUGAACCUCUGUAUAGUUGGAGCUUACAUGCUACAGACGACAAGUCGCGCUUCAUCUGUUCAAGGAGCACGCCUACUACCCCAUCCGAGGUAUUACUAGGAUAUUUUGAUCAACACGACAACCUCAAUUGGAAUGUCCUAGACAAGCCAACAAUAUCUUUCGCAACUGAAAAAGCGCUCAGCGAUCUCACUGCGUCGAUCAUACCUAUCGGUGCACGUCCUCCAACAGAGACUCUUGUUAUUCAAUCGAAGAAGGCUUCCACGGCAUCUGGCCCGAAACCCAUCUGCGUUACCAUUCCACAUGGAGGACCCCAUGCAUCAUCGACAACAGCAUUCUCCCCAGCUACUGCUGCACUAGCUCUAGAAGGAUAUACCCUCUCCCUUCCCAACUAUACCGGCUCCAUGGGAUUCGGCGAGAAAUACAUCCAAAAACUCCUCGGGAACUGCGGAACAAUGGACGUACAAGACGUCUUAGAGAGCGUCAACGAGCUCAUUCGACUCGGUAUCUCAGAGCAUGGACGACAAGUCGUCCAAGGUGGAAGUCACGGCGGUUUCCUCGCCGCGCACCUGAUAGGCCAAUACCCAACCUUAUUCAAUGCAGCAGUGAUGCGCAACCCCGUGAUCAGCGCAGGCGAACUAGCAGCAUCUGACAUUCCUGACUGGGCCUGCGCCGAAUUAGGGCUCCAGUUCACACCAGACUCACUGAUGACACCCGCUACGUUCCAAACACUAUUCGAAGCGUCGCCUAUCGCGCACGUGGAUGAUGUACGCGCGCCUGUGUUGUUGUUGAUUGGAGAAGACGAUUUGCGUGUGGUACCGGCGCAGGGGUUGAGGUUUUAUCAUGCACUUAAGGGCAGGGAGAGGAGCGUGGAGAUGUUGUGGUUUAAGGGGGAAUCGCAUUCGCUUGAUGGGGUGGAGGCAGCGAGGGUUUCGUGGGAGGCUGGGAGAGAUUGGUUCAAGAAGCUGGGUCAAAACCUAGUUGAGUAG